AUGCCAUAUGAUUUUCCAAAUCCUACCCAUGUUCAGCUGAUGUCAUUCGAAAGCCCUCCCGGAUCUAAUCCUCCCUCGCAUGAGACCAGCAGCCAUGCCGAACACGGAUCUCCGCCAACAGGGGUUGCUUCUAUCCAAUCCAAACCGAUUCGGUUAGCCCUUGCCUGUAACCAGUGUCGCAAGCGCAAGGUCCGGUGUGACGCGCAGCAGCCGAGUUGUCGAAAUUGCAGCGUCAGGGGGGAUAUCUGCGAGACUUCGGAUCCUAGGAAACCGGGCAACUUUCCUGCCGUUCGUCGCCGGGCUACGAGAUGUUGUCAGGCGAAGGCUCGAGGUCAGGCUGAUAGGGUCCUGUCACCGGUUCAAAGUCCUUUGAGCACGGUGGCACUGGUGCCUGCUGCAGUGAGCUCUAUCAACUCCGUACUAAACCCGACUGGCCCCUCCCCGGAUACCUCUACUUCGCCUAGUGUAAGGGGGACAUCGAGUAGCUCCGCCAAUCCGGUCUCGUCGGUGAGCCCGGCCACCUCGUCGUGGCGUGCGAGUCAAAUUGAGAAAUUGGGCGAAGACCAUUAUUCCUGGCAGUCUCGGGCAUAUCACGAGUCCGCGGAGGAUCAAGGUCAAGACGUUGUACAAGAGCAUGAUACAACAGAACAGGUCACAGUCGUGACGCCAGAUGAACCGGUUAAUACCGAUGAUACCACGAAUAGUAGGACUAAGCACCUUGGCGCAAGUAGCGUUCAAUGCCUCUUCAAUUUUGUCGAUCUCCAUCUGGCACGACAUGGCUUCAGUCACGCCACCCCUCUAUUUAACCAUGGCAUGCUACACACUGAAGAAUUUCCAAUGCCGUUGACACCCAAACUACCUAUUCUACCUCACCGUCAAACUCUCUCAGUCUACAUCGAUGUCUUCUUCUCGCGGCUCUGGCCAAUAUAUCCCGUCAUCGACCGCGUCGCCUUCGAAGCAGACGUAGAAAAUGUCCUCGGCUUACAAACAGCCGGGCCUACACUAUGGCAAGACAAAGUUACACUAGCCCAUAUCCCCGCUCUUGCAUCUGUUUACGCGGUGAUCUCUCUCAGUAUGAACGAGAUAUCCGAAAAUUCAGAUCUAAGCUUUGAUUAUCUCACGGCGAGCCACAGUCUGCACGGACAUUUGACGGCCAUCCCUUACAUGACCAGCGUACAAGCUCUCUUUCUCCUGGCUCUCGCGCUGCGAGCAAUUGCAAAAGACGGACAGGCAUGGCACAUAAUCGGCCACGCUAUCCGUAUGGCACAAUCUAUCGGGCUACAAAAGUCAGCGACAAGAGAUUCAUCCGAAGACGGAUUCACUCUGGGCCACCAACCAGAAAGCUUGCGUGAACGACUUUGGUGGUCAUUAUUCGGAUUGGAAAAGCUCAUGCAGCUCGAGUGCGGCAGACCGUCCAUCAUUGAUAGAAGCUACGACCUACUCGCCGUCAACUACUCGGCCAGCACAAGUUCAGAAAACAGUCGCCGUUACUUCCGAGCAUUCAUUGCGCUGAGUAGCAUCAUGGGGAAAAUCUCGAACCGUCUCUACUCGCACAAGUUCAUGGGCGGAUCUGCCGAGCUGCUUGGUGAGGUCGCAAAUUUAGAUCAAGAGCUUCUAGAGUGGGAGAAUUCGUUGCCAGAUACGUUGAAACCUCGGAAAGCAGUUACAGAUCAUGCUGGGCAUGAGCAUCAGAUCCUCGCUACUUUUCUGUCUCAACAGUAUUACCACGCACAACUCAGCAUCCUCCGCGUCGCAGUCAUAUUCCCCCAACGAAGCAUCAAAAUAGAAGUCGAAAAGAACAUCAACGAAUUACCCCACCACUCGCGCCUGCUAGACGGCGCCUUGAUCUGCGGAAACGCAGCAAGAACAAUCGUCACACAAUCCCUCCAAUUAGCAGACAGCGGAUUAACAUCAACCCUCCUCGCGGUAUCCCCAACCUAUCUCGCAGCAGUCAUUCUAGCGCUCGGCGUCCUUCGACAACCGAACAGCAGACUUGUCAGAUCGGAUAUUGAACUUUUGUCUUCUGCUACUGAGUAUGUGGAGACUUGGUACCUGCAACGGGGGUUUAGUCCGGCUUUCACGCAGACGUGCACUCAUCUGCGUGAGAGGGUGGUUUCUGUUUUUCAGCGGUCUGGUGGCAGGGAUCAGAGAUCUACCGCGACAGGAUCAGCUGAUUCGGGGUCUGAAAUAAUUGAAGGACAACAGCUACAGUUAAGUACAACCGGGUUGAGUAACCAAGUACCCUCAGAAGGGGGACCUCCACGAUCGAGUCUCCAGGGAGUAGCUGCGUUGAACAUGGCCGAGCAGAGUGCGGAAUUAUUUGGUGGCUUCGAGUUUGAGGAUUUAUGGAACAUGACGGGGUUGGAUUUUAUGGUCUAUGAUGAGGAGAACCCGCUCUUUGCCCAGUAG